UCACGUGAGAUUACGAUAGCAACGUCAUCACAUUGCUUCCCGGCUUUAAGGAAAUGACGGAAACAUGAGUUCAGCUUUAACGACGCUUUGGCGCUGAAAACCAGCAACACUCCUGAACCAAAUACGCACUAUAUCAUAAAAUUCCAAUAGGGGACGCCAGAAGCGCAGUCAACGACGAAACAUCAAAUCUAUAUAUUUUGCGGUGAGGAUCUCCCUUUGGAUCAAGGCGGCUUUGGAUGUCUCUUUCUAAGAUCUGGUGACACUGGGGACGUUUACUAACCUGUCCAUAACGUGAACCUUACUGGUCGUGUUAUGGAGAUUACGAGAGUGACUCAAGCAGAGUAUCAAUCAGUCGCUGUUUGCCUGUUCGUUGAGGAUAAAGCUUUGGCGGCAUCGCAUAUAACGAAGAAUAUCACAGCCUACUGCAUGGAAGACUCUCUUUUCCUUUCGUUCAGACCAAGGAUAUUUGUCAAGAUGGGUAACAAGAGCUGAGGUGCUUGGAAUUAUAGACAACAUUGCUUGGGUCUUAAUUACAUUAACUCGUGAUAAUCACGUAUCAAAUGCACUGAAGAAAGACUUUGACUGGAUUCUUCAACAGAAUGGGCAAACUGUCUUGAAGGUAUAAUGCAAAAUGCGUAGUUUUGACUGGAUAAUGUAAAGAUUUUUGAUAAUUUGUUGGCUGUAGAGCUUCUAAGGAUUUCAUUAAUGCCAUUAUGGAUAGUACCAUGAGCUGAUUUAGGAUACGGUUGACUGUCAUCCGGUUAGGAAAUUGAUGAUUUUGACAAUGGGGAUGUAUUUCAGACAUCGGCGAUGUGGCUUCUGGAUGUGUUUGGUGACGCUGCUGAUGCUGUCGCGAUUAGGAUCAGGAUACACCACUAAUGAUAUUUUAGAGAAUGCAUCGAGGCCAGCAAAAGUCAAAGCGUUCGUAGCCUGUCGCAAGGAGUGUAUCCAGCGAUGUGACACGCUGGUCUACCGAUUUGAAAGGAACCAGUACCACUGCCACAAAUGCCUUGAUGAAUGCAUGCGACUCUUCCUGAAGCAGGCACAGAGUGUCGGGGUGGAGUUUGGAAAUACAGGUGGCGACAAGAAGAAGAGGAAGAGAAAAGUCAAACGCAUCGCUAAGAAUGACACGUUGUGAGGAGGAACCAGCGGAUGGUAUGAUUCUAGACUGGAGCAAUGAAAACAGAGGGAUUUCAUUUGUCAGAGAUUAGCACUAACAUGAGGAAAAAUUAGUCCAAAAUCACAGUGGCAGAGCUAGAUUUCACUUGAGUUACUAGUCACGAGCUACAAGAGACUCGCCCAAAUUUCUCAAUGGAAUUCUAGAGGGAUGAAACACACUCCUCAGCUUCACAAGGCCUGAGAGAUUGGUUCUGGCAGAUUUAUUAUGGCCCGUAUUCAUUACGAUUGGCCACUGUGUAAGUAAGUGCGGUAAACGGAGGUGACUUUGGCUGGGAAAAGCACAGAAGGCCUACCUCGUCCAAAAUAUCGUUCAGGUAUCAAAUCUACUUGGAGAGGCUUUAACAAAGGUUUUUGAAUUACAUGUGAAGUCAAAAUAUUUACAUGGUUAAAGAUGGAGGGGGGUCGAUUUCUGGGUUCAUAUCAACCUGCUUUGUAAGGCAUCUAGUGUGAAUAGACGGUUUCCCUGGGAUAUGUCAGUGUUUGACAAAAAUCAAGAGUGGGUGGGUCGUUCUCAGUUUUUUUCCUAAAUGUUGUGGUUUAAAUGAUAUCAUUGGUUUGUACAUAUAAGACAUAUACACAAGUAAAUGUGUGUUGUUGAAUGAUUCCAAGAAUAUAAACAGCGAAUUUUUGAUUAUACUGUACUCCUCUCACUUGUGGUCACAUUGAGCCACCAGAGUUCAGGCACUGUGGAUGACGUCACAUAUACGCCAACCAAUCGGGUGACGGUAUCUCAACCUGCCAAAUUUGCUGUGAAAACCACCAGAUGUUGUUGUUCCUCUUGAGGUUGACUGGUUCAAGUGAUGUCACAUCACCAGGGAAAAAGAGAACACUUUCCAUCCAAUGUGAUUUCGUCAUU